GUAGGAGCAAGAUGAUUAGUGAAAGACAAAUAGGAAAAAGACGAGAAAAGCGAAGUUGACAGGGGUUUCGUGAGUUUAAUCAUUUAAUUAAUGGAAUAUAAAGAGAGGGAGAGGGCAUCGACACUUGUCUUUAAGUAUAUUCUCCCAUCUCCCCUACCAGUCCCCCAACUCCACUUUUGUCCAGGGAAACCAAGUGGGUUUUUAGGGAGAGAAAAACGAGUGACAGAUGCAAUUUCUGCAAUGGGGAAAGGAGAUUCUUCUUAUAAUCAGGAUAGGCAGCAGAGGCAUGAUGAUGAUGAUGAGAGGAGAACCGGAAGAUUGUUCCUUUGUGAGAGAUGUUCGAUGGGACUUUCAAGAAUCAGUUUUAAAUGUGUUUUCAUUUUGAUGUUGAGUUUGUGCCUUUUGGUCUCUGCUCUCUUUUGGAUCUUUCCUUUGCAUUCUUCUCUACAUUCAGUUAGCGGGUUCGAUGCUAAAGAUGAAGUUAAACGCAGUGCUACAGUACAAGCAUACUUCAGACUUCCAAAGCCAGUGGUGCAGGUUGUUACACACAUUGCAAGAUUAGAAUAUGAUAUCAAUGAAGAAAUAGGCAUCCCAAAUGCAAAGGUGGCUAUUCUAUCCAUGCACCGAUUAGCUUCUAAUUGGACUGAUGUGGUGUUUGGUUUUAUUCCUGAUCCGGUAAAUGUCCCAAUAAACAUGGUGUCCUUCAGUGUGCUGAGGUCGUCACUGAUUGAUCUGUUCCUUGAGCAAUCCAAUUUGACUGUGACUACAUUGAUUUUUGGGCAACCAUCUACAUUUGAAAUUUUUAGGUUUCCUGGGGGAAUCACUAUAGUACCGAUGCAAUAUGCUUCAAUCUGGCAGAUGCCCCAGACUCUCUUUAAUUUCACUCUUAACAAUUCCGUAUCUGAAGUUCUGGACAAUUUUGGAGAAUUAAAAGAUCAGUUGGAAUUUGGGUUGCACCUAAGGCAAUUUGAGACUGUGUAUGUGAAAAUAACAAAUGAGGAUGGUUCCACAAUAACUCCCCCAGUCACAGUUCAGGUUUCAGUCAUGUAUCUGGGGACCCUUCAGCAACAGAGGUUGAAGCAGUUGGCUCAAAUAAUCACAGCUUCUCCUGUAAAAAAUCUUGGCCUCAACAACUCGGUCUUCGGCAAAGUAAAGAGUGUUGUUUUGUCAUCAUAUUUAAAGGAUACGCUUCAUGGAACUCCUCCUACUCCUUCACCAGCAAUUUCUCCAUCUCUCCCUCCAGCAAUUGCUCCAUUCGCUCCCAUAAAUUCCCCUGCACCUUCUGUGAUACCUGCUCUCCCUCCUCAGCCCUGUCCACAACAUGGUUCUGCAACUCCACCAAGCAACUCUCCAUCUGGUUCUAACCAAACUCCUCGUUUACAUCCAGAGCCUCCAGAUGUGUCUCCUUUACCUGGAGUAUACUAUGGUUCUGGUCCAGGGAAAGGUCCAUUAUUGUCACUUGCACCAUCCACAUUGGCUCCAACGCCAUAUGUAAGUCAUCACUGUCAAGUUAAUAAGACACUUCCUGUUUCUGCUUAUCAUGAUAUAGUUAACAAGCAGCUCUAGCAGUAGAUCCUUUCUACAGGAAGAUCUGGCUAUUGGGCUUCUCCGGGCUCUUCAUUUUUAAUCUUCUUUGUUGGCCUCACAAACAAUACUCUUGUCAUCAUGCAACUCAAGAUAAUUUCCAAGGCUCAGUUGGUGUCUAUCGAUUCCCAAUUUUUUCUCUGGCGAGGAUGGUAGAAAUUCCAGUGGAAAGUUUACAAGUUUUCUUUCUCUUCAGGCAAUAGACAAAAAUGCAAAUGAGCUAAAAGGAUGGAAUGCAGGUCAAAGCCAUAAAGGUGGCAGGCCUCUCAUCCCCACUUCUAGGAUUUGUGUUAUCCCAAGAAAUAUAGGAAGUUAAAGCCAUCCCCAAAGGGGAAGAUCCUCAGACUGUGAACAAUCAACAGAGAGUAAGCAGCAUUGGUACAGACAUGAACAAGAAAGAUUCCCUGCAUCAGGCAAGUGUAACAUGUACAAUUUCCUUUUUGAUUGCGUAGUUGUGCAGAAGCAAAAGAUGCAAUAUAGAAGCUAGUGUCAUAGAAUAUAUAUCCAUAGUUAAAUUCAGUUUACGUUAUCAGUGAUGUAAAUCUGUCCAUAGAUAUAUAUAUAUAUAUAUAUAUAAUGUCAAGGUAAAAAAGAGGAGCUCAAACUGUGAUCAACAUUGUAAACAUACGCGCAAUAAUUGCAACACUAGCCUUUCUUAUUCAUUUGUGUUUGGCAUUGCAAAA